ACACACACCCACCCUGUAAGUGACAUCCCUAGCACCCACAUACCCGCUUGUUGUCAUCCCUGUCUUGAGCAUCCCAUCCCAUCCACCUUCUGCUUUUCCUGGUCUGGGCUUCGCACUCCGUAUCGGUCUUUUUUCUCUUUGUUUUGUCAAGCAUAUCUUGGCUGGUCCGAGCCCGCGCCCCUGCCGUCGAUCGCUGCGCGGCCCAUGGUGGACUCCAGCACUUGCUUCCCUCCUUCCACUGGCUCGCCUGCGUCGUCAGAACCUACCAGCAAACGCUGGAGACUGUUGGGGCUCUUCCGCCCUGAAACUCCUGGCUCCCGCCGAAAAACCGUUGUCCAUCCUUGCAGCCUGACACCACCCCCAUUGGGGUCCGCCCCUCCCUCCAAUGUCCCUCUGCAUGAUCCGCGUCGCCUGAGAGACAAUGAUCUUGCAUUCAACGGCCGGAUCAGUUGCAAUCCUUGCUUGUCUCGCGCUACAUCCUACCCUUCUGCCGGAGGUUGUCACCUGCGAUCUCGACAAGAUCAAGAGACCAGAAUUAGGACGACGAGCAGAGAGGGCAGGACUAGGACGAAGCCCUCCACUUUUCGGUGUUUAUCUCUUUCGCAAGACGAGACGCACCAAAGGUUGGUGUUGGCUGGAGAGGGUGUGAAGGCCCAACCAAGGCGGGGAAACUGGCGAUGCGCGUCUCGUCUGCCGGCUGAUGCGCCUCUCCAGGUCUCAAACAGCAUCAUUCCUUUCCCGGUCUCUGGCGGCCAUCUCGGCAACACACCAACCCUCCUAAGAAAUGCAAGCUACUGGUUCGGGAUAGCUGCAUCGACCACAUCGCAUCUCAUUGCCCACAAGACCGAAAGCAAAAGCUGGGACUUGACUGGCAACACCUUUGUGCCAAAUCGGCGAGAGAGCUCAGAAGCACCUCUGAACUUCUUUCUUUGACCUGGCCAACAUCGACGAGGGGGUCUGCGCAGCGGAAUCUGGUACUCGGUUCAGAAGUUGGUUCGUGGUGCUGCCGCAGCUGCAAAACUAGGCCGAGCCCCUAACCUGCCGGUGCCAAGAAAGCCUUGUCAAAGAAUCCGCCAUCUGAACUUAAGGUCGUCCACAUCGCGACCAAGCUCGGGGCAAUUUCGCUUAGAUCGACAACCAGAUCAACAGCAGUUCGAUUUGUGGCCGGCCGAC